CACGGCGCUCUGCAGAGAUGACCGUCGUUAUUCAGCGCGCAGUGGACUGCAGCAGGCCUUCAGUUAGUGUCUCUCACUCGAGUGAAAUAGUUCAGAUUCAACUCUGACCGUUGGCUUUUCCAGGACGGAACAAAUUACGAGCUGACCCACUGAAAACCAGGACGAAUAGGAGCAGUCUACUGGAGCCACUGGUGCUGUCGUCGAGAUGUAAGCAGGAGUUAUGCCUCUGGUCAAGAGAAAUAUCGAGCCUCACCACCUGUGCCACGGUGCCGUGCCGGACGGGAUCGGCAGCGAGCUGGAGUGUGUGACCAACAACACGCUGUCGGCCAUCAUCCGUCAGCUCAGCAGUCUGAGCAAACAUGCAGAAAACGUGUUUGGGGAGCUUUUUAAUGAGGCCAACACGUUUUACACCCGUGCAAACUCUCUCCAGGAUCGUAUUGACCACUUAGCAGACAAAGUCACGCAGCUGGACUCCAGCGUAGAGGAGGUGUCUCUGCAGGACAUAAACAUGAGGAAGGCCUUCAGAAGGUCCACUGUCCAGGACCAGCAGGUUUUGUCCAAAGGCAGCACUCCUGACUCUGUGGCUGAAAUGUACAACAGCUGUGACGGGCCUCCCCCUCUCAGCACCCUCACUGCUUACAGAGAGGAUUCAACAGAUGCAAUGAAGUUCUAUUCAGACCCGUCGUACUUUUUUGAUCUGUGGAAAGAAAAGAUGCUUCAGGACACUGAGGACAAGAGGAAAGAAAGGCGGAGGCAAAGGGAACAGAAACGUUCUAUGGAAAGCAGCACGCUGCAGCGCGAGGUGAAGAAAGUGAGAAAGGCUCGAAACCGCAGACACGAGUGGAACAUGAUGGCUUUCGAUAAAGAGCUACGUCCGGAUCACCACCAUCCACAAACUCUGAGGAGAGGAGCAUCAUCAGAGGGGUCACUCUCUCCAGAUGGCAGGCCGGAUCUUCUGGACUACCCAGUCCCUCCAGUACCUACUCAGCUUGUUUGUAGCUACUCCAAGUCUCAUGAUUACAUCAGUGGAAACGCACACCCCUCCCCGCCUGUGGAGCAUGAAUACCACAGCAUUGAUGUCAACUACAAGAGAGUGACCUACUCCACAUCUGAGCCUCAUGUUGUCGACAGCAUCAGUGGUUCAGCACGUUUGUCUUCAGACCGCAACUCAGUUCCGCCCCCUCCUCCCCCAGGUCCACCCAUUCCAUCAGCUCAGACAGCAUUUGGCUUUCCUCGUGGUUCACAACUUCCAGUGCCACAUAAUGGAGUUUUGCAUGCUGGUUCAGGCUACCCACUUCCACCAGUCCCUCCGCAGGGGCCUCGGGUAGUCCCUCUUUCUCCAGGUCCUCCUCCUCCACCUCUCCCUCCUCCACCUGCACCCUUACACCUGCCGGGACACCCCGAAGGCAGAAGGGCAGAAACUAAACCUGUGAGAGAUGCUAGAAGUGACCUGUUAUCUGCCAUUCGUAUGGGCAUCCAGCUGAAGAAGGUCCAGGAGCAGCAGGAACAGCAGAACAAGCGGGAGCCCAUUGGGAAUGACGUGGCCACCAUCCUUUCUCGCCGCAUCGCUGUGGAAUACAGUGACACUGAGGAUGACUCUGAGCUGGAGGACAAUGAGUGGUCAGACUGAACCAAAGUUUUACUUAAAUCAACCUUUAAAACAAGAGA